GUAGAAAAAAAGAAGAGAGAAAACUGGAUUAAAUUCUGGUGGUGUGCUAUGCAGGGGUGCCAGCAGGCACCUUCUCCACGUGGCAGUUGUGAUGCAUUAAGGAUCCUCUUGUCCACCAGGAAAGACAGAUGGCCUGUCGCCCCUGUAUUUGGGCACAUCAACACCUUCCUAAAGAGACACCCCUGACCCACAGUGAGGCAGAAAGGGGCUGCUGAAUCCUUUCCUCUCCAUCAUAAGGGUCACGACUGCCAACCCUGUAACAAAAGACAGGUUAACAAGAGAAAAGCACGACAAAUUUACUUGAUCAUGGUUGUAUGUGAUACAUGGGCCUUCAGCACGAAGACCCAGCGAAGUAGGGAGAACGGUUCAUGUUUAUGCUCAGGUUCGAUGAAGAAUGGACAGCGUAUAGAGCUGCGAGUGGGCAGCAAGGGCAUGAACUGACGCUGACGGGCAGGGGCAGAGCCCACAAGGCCUGUCUGUGCAGAUCCUUCCCGGCCUCCCUGUGCAGCAGCCUUCCUCCCGGGUAUGAGGAGGACCCUCUCGAAUGAGGAGGGUGUUCGUUCCUUUACGGCCAGCUGCCACACACAAAGGCAGGGGAAGGUUAGAGUGAUGCGUUUAGGCUUUAUGGCUGGCUUUGGGGAAAAGGGGUUCUGUUUUUUUGUGACCUGCCUUAGAGAAAAGGGAUUCUAGCUCCACGGCUAGCUGUCGGGGAGAGUGGGGGGCUAGAGACAGGAGGGCGGGAGAAGGUCAGACUUUGCUUCUGAUGCCCUCACUUUGGGGUAUCAUUUUCUGAGCCCCAACAGAGCACAGACAGAAAAAUCCAGAACAAAAUGACAGCGGCAUGAACACACCCCACUUGCAUUUAUACUUGACCUGCCCAUGAGGUGAGCACUUUAUACUUCCCUCACAAAUGGGUCCAGGAGAAGGAAACUUCAGGGUUAAAAGGCAAGAGUGCCAGAUUGGAGCAAAAACACUUUUAAAAAGCGGAAUUAUAAAAUCUGGAAAAAAUCAAAACAAGCAGUCACAGCACGCGUCCCGAGCACACUCGCUGUUUGGAGAAGGAGCCCAGGGGUAGGGCUCGCAGACCAGUCUGAGUGUGGACAAGGGCGCUGACCCGAGACCUGGACUCACACCCCCCGGGCAGCCAGACACGUGUGCUUUCCGCACGCGCCCUGGGGAGAUAGGGGUAUAUUAGGUUCCUGGACACUUGGGGUGCCAGAGGAGGAUUAACGGGCUGUGAUAUGGGAAAGCACUCAGAUUCCUCCCCUGCGACACAGAGAAAGGGCUGUUAGUGGUGCGGUGUGGGCAGCCACAGCUCAUGAGGCACUAGUGACAUCGCGCCUGCCCGGGGAGCCGCUCGGGGCACUCUGGGAGCACAGCAGGGCGCUCCGCUGGAGAGCUGCACACUUUGAAGCCUGAGCAAGGUCUCCUUCCCAGGUCAACUCUCACCCCUUGACUUUCGGCCAGGAUCUGUGCUGAGCUGGCCGCAGCCGCUCCGGGCAGCACUUGGGACGUCUCGGGACAGCAGCAGGACUGCCGGCCUCCGGAGCCAUGCCCACCGUGGACGACAUUCUGGAGUACAUAGGGGGGUUCCACUUUUUCCAGAAACAGACAUUUUUCCUCCUGGCCCCGUUCUCGGCCGCCUUCGCACCCAUCUACGUGGGCAUCGUCUUCCUGGGCUUCACCCCCGACCACCACUGCCGCAGCCCCGGGGUGGCCGAGCUGAGCCGGCGCUGCGGCUGGAGCCGGGCGGAGGAGCUGAACUACACGGCGCCGGGCCCGGGCGCCGCGGGCGAGGCCUUCCCGCGCCAGUGCCGGCGCUACGAGGUGGACUGGAACCGCAGCGCCCUGGGCUGCGUGGACCCCCUGGCCGGCCUGGCGGCCAACGGGAGCCGCCCGCCGCUGGGCGCCUGCGAGCACGGCUGGGUGUACGACACGCCCGGCUCCUCCAUCGUCACCGAGUUUAACCUGGUGUGUGCCAAUUCCUGGAUGCUGGACCUGUUUCAGUCAUCGGUGAAUAUGGGAUUUUUUAUUGGCUCUGUGGGUAUCGGCUACAUCGCAGACAGGUUUGGCCGUAAGCUCUGCUUCUUGGUUACAAUCCUCAUCAAUGCCACAUCUGGAGUUCUCAUGGCCAUUGCCCCAACCUAUACAUGGACGUUAAUUUUUCGCUUGAUCCAAGGACUGGUCAGCAAAGCGGGCUGGUUAAUAAGCUACAUCCUGAUUACAGAAUUCGUGGGGCCGAGCUAUCGGAGAACAGUGGGGAUUUUUUACCAAGCUGCCUUUACCGUCGGGCUCCUGGUGCUGGCGGGGGUGGCGUACGCUCUUCCUCACUGGAGGUGGUUACAGUUCGCAGUCACUCUGCCCAACUUCUGCUUCUUGCUCUACUACUGGUGCAUACCUGAGUCUCCAAGGUGGCUGAUCUCCCAGAACAAAAAUGCUGAAGCCAUGAGGAUCAUUAAACACAUCGCAAAGAAAAAUGGAAAAUCUCUGCCUGUCUCUCUUCAGAGCCUGAGACCCGAUGAGGAAGUGGACGAGAAGCUGAACCCUUCCUUCCUUGACUUGGUCAGAACCCCUCAGAUAAGGAAACAUACUUUGAUCUUGAUGUACAACUGGUUCACGAGCUCUGUUCUCUACCAGGGCCUCAUCAUGCACAUGGGCCUCGCAGGGGACAAUGUCUACCUGGAUUUCUUCUACUCUGCCCUGGUUGAAUUCCCAGCUGCCUUCAUCAUCAUCCUCACCAUCGACCGCAUUGGUCGCCGUUACCCCUGGGCGGCGGCAAACAUGGUGGCAGGAGCAGCCUGUCUAGCCUCAGCUUUUAUCCCUGAUGAUCUGCAGUGGCUAAAAACGACUGUGGCGUGCUUGGGCAGAAUGGGGAUCACCAUGGCCUUCGAAAUGGUUUGCCUGGUCAAUGCGGAGCUGUUCCCCACAUUCAUUAGGAACCUUGGUGUCCUCGUCUGCUCCUCAAUGUGUGACAUUGGUGGCAUCAUCGCUCCCUUCCUGGUCUUCCGGCUCACCGACAUCUGGCUUGAGCUCCCACUGGUGGUUUUUGCCGUGGUUGGCCUGGUUGCCGGAGCACUGGUGCUGUUGCUGCCAGAGACCAAAGGGGAGGCUCUGCCUGAGACCAUUGAGGAAGCGGAAAACAUGCAGAGACCAAGAAAAAAUAAAGAAAAGAUGAUUUACCUCCAAGUUAAGAGACUAGACAUUCCAUUAGACUAAGAAGAGAGUCCUCUACUCCUGCUAUGUCCUUGCUUUGGUGAUGCCAAGGCUGGAAGCAGAGGUUUCUUCACUCAUCACAAAGCCCAACGAUCCGACCUUCCCUACCCUGGAGCCCCAUCAACUGAGACCUUCGGCCCAUGGAGUUUGUUGUCCCCUUUGUAAGAAUGUGCCUCCCGGACCAGAUCCUGCCAAACUCUCCCAGCUUACUCUAUUCUCAGCAUUCCUAGGACAGUGGCCACUGGUUUGCUGGAAUUUUUUUCCCCCAUAUUUGUAUUUUUUAUUUGAUUCCUUUUCCCACAAUGACAUCAAACCAGAAUACCUAGGGGGACUGUGGGCCAGUGACACAGAAAGGAUCUGACAAACAAUAAAGUUGAGAGAGAUAGACUAUUUUCUUUAAGAAAUAAAACAUCCAACACAAUAUUGAGUUGUCCAGAAUGUAUGCGAAAAACUUCAAACAGGCCUUUCAGGAUCAUAGGUGAGAAUAUUUAAAAUACAUUGAUUGUUAUCUGGAUUAGACUUGAAGGGGAACUCAAAUAAAAGAAUCAGGAAUACAACUUGAAUAAUCACCAAGUCCUUCCAUAGUUACACUGGAUAAGUACAAAUGUGUGAUUUCUAGAAAAGAUCUUGAGAAGAGUUCAGGUUCACGAAAGAGCAUUGUUGGCAAUUUUAACCCAGAGAUGAUAAUUUUUUAGUCUAGUAAAAAUUCCUCAAAAUUUCUGGACUUUAAAAAGUAUAUUAAUAUUAUAUCAAAGUAAUAUAGUGAAUAUAUUUUGAAAAGCUAAAUACUAUAAGGCCUGUAAUGAAAAACUAAAUUUCCUUGCCCUAUUCCACCUCUACAAAAACCCUGGAGAAAUUUUUCAACUAUUUAGCUUUGUUUUCCCUAGAUUGAUCUCCAUGCAUCUAAAUAAUUUCUUUAUAUUGAAAUUUUUUGAUUUUUUAGUUUUAAAUAUUAUCUAUUGACUCUUUAAUAUAAAAAAUGAAAAUGUAGCUCUCUUCACCUCUCCUUGUCAUCCCAACACACUACUUGUCUCUGCCUAUAAUCUUUGUAUUGUCACAUUUUUAUUAAAUCAAAUAGUGAACAUUCAUUGACCUCAUUAUGGCUGUUACUAACGCUGAGCCACAUAGUGUACUACGAGGGUGCUUCCUUUCUCUCACAACAUCUUGUUUUUCCUGACCUUGGUUUUUAUUGCUUUGUUUUCUAUAUAUUCACCAUUAAUUUUCCCCAAACUCUCUGACAGAGCAACAAAUCUCCUCUCAAUGUAUUCAAAAGCAUCACACACUGGUUCCCUUUCUUAUCUUUUUUCUUGAGAGUCCUCCCAGCUGGAAGCGCCAGACCUCCUGCUUUGUCCUGGCUGAUCUCUAGGCUCCUGCACAGCUGUUGCUGUGGCUGUCCUUCCUCACCUUCCUGAUCAUUCCCAUUGCCUCUUUCUCCUGUGGGAUCCCCUGUCUCCUGCAUCCAGAGUCCUCUCUUUCUUGGUUUUCUCUCUGAUUUUGAAGAAGCACAUCUUGCAAUGGCUUCCCGAGAAAGAGUGCGUGCCUGUCCUGCGCUCUCUUCUGCGGCAUCGGUGCUGAAACCCACAGACUACAUUUCCCAACCUCUUUUCCACCCGGCCUCCUGUGAGGCUAUACUGAUGGGUAGCACUGGCCAGAGAGAGGAAGGCACCAACAAGUUCUUGGGCUCCAGCCAGUAGCAACUACCACUUCCUGGUCUUUGUGUAUAAACGCUUUCCCCUGUCUAGCAUGUCUUUGUCCUUUCUACUCUACCAAUGGUUUUGUAAACAAGUGUCUAUAUUAAAUUGCCUCUAUU